ACCAAAACUGUCCACACUAAGUGAAGCGUGUAUCUACAAACCAUGUAGAUGUUAUGUAAAAUCACUCAAGUGUAUUCUUAAACUCAAAUGCUUACGAUUUAUGGCCUUUGUUUUUUGUUUUUUAAUUUUAAAAUUAUUAAAUCUAAUCAGAAAAAAAGAAAAAAAAUUUCAUAUAAUAAAUAAAAAAAGAAAAAAAGUUACUUUUGUGUCGACCGUGACAGGACUCGAACCUGCAAUCUUCGGAUCCGAAGUCCGACGCCUUAUCCAUUAGGCCACACGGUCGCUUGGUUGAGGGGCGCUUAAACUGGAAAACUUUUGAUUCGAUGCGCGCGCACGCUCUCAGUAUCUUUAUAAAUAAACGUAUCCACUCGAUACUUUGUUAUAGGCGGCUUUUAUAAAUCGCAAUAAAAUAUAAAGCAAACAUAAGGGAAGUACAAGCGAACGAACAAAAAUAAAUAUAAAUAUGAAGCCCAGCACUCGACGUCGCAGUUUCAAGACGAAACCCCCCAAAUCGAAUGUGUACAACCCGCUGGUUCGCUAUCGCCCGACGGCCUAUGUGCGCAAUGGCAUUAUUGGGGGCGGCGAGGGCCCCGGAUCGAGCGGUCUGUACCAGAUCAACGAUAGGGUGUACACCACCAGCAAGAUGUUCCUGCGCGACGGCUACAUGUAUCCCCGCCAGCCCGGCCAGCCCAUGGAUCCCCGCUACCCCCUCGAACUGCACGAGUUCCCCCAGCAGUUCGGAGCUACGGGUCUGCAGUUGGUCAGUACCCCCAAGGUUCACAUAGCCGGGGAGUAUCUGGCCAACAACGAGCAGCAGCAGCAGCAGCAACAACACCACCAGCAGCAGCAUCAGCAGGUGCAGGAGCAACAGCAGUUGGGCAGAAGAAAGGCCGCUGCUGCCGCUGAGAUAAAUUUGGCAAAUCAGGUUUACUGGCUGGGCAAGCAGAAGUCCAGAUCCAGAUCCCGCAGCAAUAGUGUGGGCAACCGGAGCAUUACCAGUUGCAUGGGCGGCGGUGGAGGGGGCGGCGACAGGGAAAGGGAAAAGGAAAGGGAACGCGAGCGGGAUCGUCCUUAUAUACGAAACGUGGACGAUCUCCUGCAGGCUCUGGGCAAACGGGAUGCGGAUAACACUGGCAAUCUGCUAGACACUGCAUCCACACAUUCUUCGACGCAGCGAAGGCGCUUCAAGAAGGUGAGUUAAACGUUCUUUUAAAAACAAUUUGCCUGCCCUUUGGGGCACAUUCGUGAGUAUGAAUAAUUUUAGCAUAAUUAAGGGAGACGCUUCUCUCGGCCAGUGAGUGAUUCGCUGCGGGCCUAUUAUAUUAUGGCCCCAUAUGAUGGAUGGACUCUGGAUCUGAACUCUCCCAUGCAUUAUAAACCCUAUUGGCUGGGGCUACGCGACGGGUCAUUUAGGUUCAGGUUUUGCACACUUUCCAGUUGGCUUCCUCUGGCAGAAACGAGACUCCGCGGAAUUGCACUUAAUUGCGAAUAGUUUUGUCCGCCAAAAAAAUCAUUGGGGCAUUAAACACAGUGGGUUUUGGUAGAUAAAUUAAAUUUAGUAAGAUGCCAAAACAAAUUAAAAAAAAAAUGUUAUAGGUUGUUAGCCAUUUUUCUUCUUUAUUCUUUCGCAUUUUUAUGACUAUGUGACGCACUGUCAUAUUCAAAAUACUGCACCCCGAAAGCCAGGCCAAUUAUUUUUGUGGCGUUUAUCUAAAGUGACACCGCAGCCAUGCAAAUUGCACUUAAAUCGAUUGUGUGGGUAUCGAUAAUAGUCUGCGGCUGUUCUUUUUUGCCGUGUUGAUGGUUACCACAUAGUUUGCAUACAUUACAAACAAGUAACAUUAACUAAUAUGGGUUUUUCAACUCUGUGCAAAAAGGUUUUGAAUGCCAAGCCUCUCGCGUGGGUUUCCUUGCACUGCUUUGAGUUGAACACUUAUAUCUGCGAUUUAAUUGCUGUAUAGAGAACAAACUAAAUGGAUUUGGUUUAAUCAUAAAUCUAAAUACUCAAUUAAAUGGCAAGUAAUAACCCAUAU